GCCUGUUAUUGUUGUCUCACAAUCUUAGGAGAGCGCAGAAAUGUCUCACUUUGAAAAUAAAGGGUUGAUACUGGGCAUAAUGGCAGGGACUGCUGGAAUAAGCCUGGUCCUGGUUUGGUACCACAAGACCCGAAAACCCAGUGCAGCUGUGCACAUGCCUGCAUUCACAGAUGUAGAUAACAAGCUUCAUUCUGUGAGUUUGAAACAUGAAGCCCAUAAUGAACAAGGAGCAGUCAUGGUUUUACAUGGAAGGCAACUACAGAUACUUGAAAAACUGAACGGUUUGCUAAUAAGUGUGGACGAACUGAAGAGAGAGGUGAAAUUUCUAAAAGAAGCUAUUCCAAAGCUGGAAGAUCUUGUUCGAGAUGAGCUCCAGGGGAGAGGGGAUGCACAGAGAGCUAGCCCAUCACACAGAGCAGCAAGGCGGAGGAAAGUGGAGGCAGCAUCUGGUGCAACAGAAACUACCAGUUCUGAGGAGGCAGAAAGUGAAGGAGGUUACCUUACAGCUCAUACUGAUACUGAAGGAGACUCUGAGGAAGAGAAGGGCUGUAAGAAGUCACCUGAUACCACUGUGCAGCCAGAAGAUGAAUUAUUUAAUCUUCUACAGGAGGUGGACAGUUUGCACAAGGGUUCAGAGGAUGACAAAAAGGAGAGCUUCAAACUACUACUUGAGAAAGAAGCAAAGUAUGAAAACUGUGUGGACUUUCUUUGGAGAUUUGCACGUGCUUAUGGAGAUAUGUUUGAGAUGACUACUGAUGCUGAGGAAAAGAAAAAAUAUGUUUCUGAUGGAAAGGCUAAAGCUGAAAAGGCUGUCCAGUUGGAUGCCAUGAGUGCUGAGAGUCACCAGUGGUUUGCAAUUAUGUGUGGCUAUAUGUCUCAGUUUGACAGUGUACAAAACAAAAUCAGGAAUGGUUAUCUCUUUAAGGAGCAUCUAGAUAAAGCAAUUGAACUUAAGCCUCAAGAUCCUCUUUUAUAUUACCUAAAUGGAAGAUGGUGCUACUCGGUAGCUCAAUUGUCUUGGCUUGAAAAGAAAGUAGCUACUGCUCUCUUUGGGACUCCACCAACUUCAACAGUAGAUGAAGCACUGCAGAAUUUUCUUAAGGCAGAAGAAAUGCAUCCAGGAUAUUCCAAAUGCAAUUAUGUGUAUUUGGCAAAGUGCUAUAAAGAUCUUGGCCAGAAAACCAAUGCACUGAAGUACUGUGAAUCUGCACUGUCAGUUCUCCCAGUUACUAAUGAGGACAAAGAGGCCCAGAAGGACUUAGAGGAUUUACUUCUCACACUGAAGAUGUGAUACUGCGCACUUGUUAACUCUUCAUGCUGUGAUAAAACUGAGAGUCUGUAGUGAUUGUGUGCAGCAGGUGAACUCCAGCUGAGUCAAUGGGAAUGGCCUUCAAGCAUGUGGCAAUUAUGUCGUGAAAAUGACGCGUUCAUUUUUGAUUGAUUAUUUAUAAUUCUAUAUUGAAGAUUAAUUUUAGAUUGCUGACACUGUGAGUUCAAUUCUCUGAACAAUGAGUCCACUGCUGGCAAUGGACAUAAUGGGGAUUAGAAUGCAAAAUGCAUAAAUCUUGCUCUGAAAGAUUAAUCAACUAAUAUGUGAUGCCAGCAUAAAACUGAGUGCAGCAAAGUCAGAAGCAAAAAUAUUUCUAUAGUAAAUUAUAUUUGUAUCAAUUAAUAUAUACACAGGUAUGUAUGAAAGGAAAUCAUGACUGUUUAUGUUUACACACUACUGUUAAGUAAUUAGAAUCUUUCUAAAGAGAAAGCUGUUGCUUCCACAAAACUCUUUUUACUUUAAACCUUCUGCUGGUUUUACAUAGAUAUAUGAAAACUUUAUAAAUUAAAUAUUAAAGCCAUACUUUAUUUGUAACAUCAAUGGGUACAAUAUUAAAAAUCAGACUGGUGAAAUUCAGUGUUUUAGAUGAAUCUAUCACAGCUGUGAUUUUUAAUGGCUUUAUUAAAAAAUCUUCAUCGUGUUUGUGAAUACUGGAUCUUUCUGUUUGAACAGCUGCCAAGUGUGGUGGUGUUAGUUUAUUCCCUGAAAACCAAGUUUAGCAUGUGACUGCCGUUAACCUCAUACCACCUGUGUAACACAACCUGUACAUAAAAAUACGUACUUUGAGCACGUAGGACAACAGUGUUUUCAAUAAAAUGUAGCAGGCAGGGAGAUAAUUUUGUUCACAAAUGGACUGAUCCAGAAUUCACUCAACUGUGAAGAAAAAUAAAAACAAGCUUUCAUUGGUUUUCAAUUCAGAGUUUUAGACUAGAUGUGGGAAGUAUAUCUGGAAGAAGUAUUUCUGUUAAAGGAAAUGAAGGAAAUAAAAUUGAAUAAGGACAACUUCA